ACUGAAUAAUGAUUAACCCACUCAGAUUAUGUAGCACAUUGCCCGUUUCCGGGUGUCGAGGUGAACUCGCAGCAUAACAAGUCGUGUGCGCUGCGCUUUGGGGGAUGGACACGCUGGUUGUGGAUUUCCGGGUGUUUCUCGUUGUGAUUUCGAGCAUCAGCGAAGGAAUCAAGCGCGAGCGUUUCCCAGUCGUUGAGUGGUCGACUGCGAGCGCGCGAGCGCGCGUGUGAACGAUCAGUUGCCAGGCUGGUUUGUUUUUGUUUGUCUUUAUUCCGGUCACUCGGGCCGUUUGUGCGUUUUCUUCACGGAGGGGGGUGUGUUGCACAUUGAUUUGAACAGACCUGAGAGGAGAAAGAAGCCUUCGUUUGAAGAUUCAGUGUCAGGCGGGCUCUGGUAAAGGCUGUGGUGGAAUGAGCAGUGUGUGUGUGUUGAAGAGGAAAGCAGUGCUCUGGCAGGAUUCAUUCAGCCCCCACCAUAGAAGUACAUCUCCCAGUAUGCCCGUGGUGCUGAGCAGCGGAGGACAUGCCCCUCCAACUGGGCAGACCCCUCAGGCCACCCCGCCAAGCCAGCAGGGUGUGGCGGGAGCUGGACGUUCCCAGGAUGAUGCCAUGGUGGACUACUUCUUUCAGCGACAACAUGGCGAACAGCCUGGCAAACACCGCUGGCCCACUGGAGACAACAUCCAUGACAGCCAGGUUCGGUCCAUGGAUGAGCUGAACCAUGACUUCCAGGCUCUGGCUCUGGAGGGACGUGCCAUGGGAGAGCAGCUGCUAACUGGGAAGAAGUUCUGGGAAACAGAUGACUCUGGUAAAGAUGGACCUAAAGGGAUCUUCUUGGACCAAUGGAGGGACAGUGCAUGGGGUGCCUCAGAUCACUCUGUAUCGCAGCCAAUCAUGGUUUCCCGUCGUCCAGGGCAGGGUUUUCAUGGAGGUAGUGAGGUCGGGGUGGGCUCAGUGAUGUCACCACGGUCUGAGAGUGGAGGGUUGGGAGUUAGCAUGGUGGAGUAUGUCCUCUCCUCCUCGCCAGCUGACAAACUGGAUUCCUGCCUGCGAAAAGGACCCUAUAGGGAUGGCGAGGUGGAGGAGGAGAAGAGGGAGAAGCCAAAGGCAACGUUUGAGGGGGAGAAACUGAAAGAGUUAACAGAAAAUGAAGCAGAUGUCAUCAGCGACGUCAUCAAUCCUAAUGGGCUGCCUGUGCAAAAUGGCCUGGAUGUGGAUGUCAAAGAGUUUGGUCGUCCUCAAGUAAAUAUGCCGGCCCCUGGCCCUGAGGGGGAUCUGCUUGGAGGUCCUGGAGGUGUAGGGGCUGAGGGCCUGGCGCCUCUUGGUGGUGGAGGGCCUAAGCCCCCUGAGGACUUCUCAGGUGUAGAACAGGGUGGGGUCACCAUGGACCAUAUAGAGUCAGUUAUGGAGCCGCUUCAGUUUGACUACAAUUCUCAGAUGCCCAUGGACUCUGCACCCACUGUGGGUCUGUUUGAUUACACUAAUCAGCAGCAGCUGUUUCAAAGAAACAACGCCCUUGCAGUGCAGCAGUUAACAGCAGCCCAGCAACAGCAGUAUGCCUUGGCAGCAGCACAGCAGCCUCAUAUUGGUCUGGCCCCAGCAUUUGUGCCCAAUCCUUACAUUAUUAGUGCAGCUCCACCAGGGACAGACCCGUAUGCAGCUGGGCUUGCAGCAGCGGCUACACUUGGUCCAGCAGUGAUGCCUCCCCAGUACUACGGCGUGACGCCCUGGGGGGUCUACCCUGCCAACCUUUUCCAGCAGCAAGCUGCUGCAGCCAACAACUCGGCUAAUCAGCAGGCGGCUGGCCAGGGCCAGCAGAAUCAACAGCAGGUGAUGCGUGCUGGGGGCAAUCAGCGACCUCUGACCCCCAGUCAAGGUCAGCAGGGCCAGCAGAAUGACCAGCUGGUUGCGGCAGCAGCCGUUAACUCAGCCCUUGCCUUUGGACAGGGGUUGGCAGCAGGGGUUCCAGGAUACCCAGUUCUGGCUCCAGCAGCAUAUUAUGAUCAGACAGGAGCCCUGGUGGUCAACACUGGCGCUAGGAGUGGCCCAGUGCGCCUCAUGGCCCCUGCUUCUGUAAUAAUAUCUCCAUCUGCAGCACAAGCAGUUGCUGCAGCUGCAGCUUCUGCAGGUGGCGCUAAUGGCGGUCUUGGCAGUGGUGCCAACGGGCCGUUUCGUGCCAUGACGUCCCAACAGCCACAACAGCAGGGUGGUCCUGGCGGUGCUCUGGGAGGGAGCUCCUUCUAUGGAUCGUCCUCCCUCAGCUCUUCCUCUCAGAGCUCUUCUCUCUUCUCACAAGGCUCCGCUCAACCUGGGCCAGGAUCGGCCUCCUUGGGCUUCAGCCAGCCUGCUUCCUCGUCCCUCGGUGCCACUCUGGGGGCCACGCUGGGAGGAUUUGGGACUGCAGUGGCAAACUCGAGUGGUGGCAGCGGUUCCAGACGGGACUCCUUGACAGGCAACAAUGAGUUAUACAAACGCACACCAUCCAGCCUCACCCCAAUUGGCCAUGGAGGCUUCUACAAUGGCACCUUGGGCUUCAGUCCUUCCCCUGGACCUGUGGGCAUGCCGCUACCUAACCAAGGACCCUCCCAUUCUCUCACUCCCCCUCCUUCCCUGUCUAAUCACAGCUCCUCAUCCAACCUCAACCUUGGAGGCCUGACCAACGGCAGUGGACGUUUUAUCUCCGCCGCCCCAGGAGCGGAGGCCAAAUACCGCAGCGCGGCCAGCUCAGGUUCCUCUCUCUUCUCACCCAGCAGCCAGCUGUUCCCUUCAUCACGACUACGCUACGGCAUGUCAGAUGUGAUGCCAUCGGGCCGAAGCCGUCUGCUGGAGGACUUCAGAAACAACCGCUACCCCAACUUGCAGCUCAGAGACAUCGCCAGCCACAUCAUGGAGUUCAGCCAGGACCAGCAUGGCAGCAGGUUUAUCCAGUUAAAAUUGGAGCGAGCCAGUUCAGCGGAGCGCCAGCUUGUCUUCAGCGAAAUACUUCAGGCCGCGUAUCAGCUCAUGGUGGAUGUCUUUGGAAAUUAUGUCAUCCAGAAGUUCUUUGAGUUUGGCAGCCUGGACCAGAAGCUGGCUCUGGCAGAGAGGAUUCGAGGUCAUGUGCUGUCUCUGGCCCUGCAGAUGUACGGCUGCAGGGUGAUUCAAAAGGCUCUCGAGUUCAUUCCUUCAGAUCAGCAGGUCAUUAGCGAGAUGGUGCGGGAGCUGGAUGGCCAUGUGCUAAAGUGUGUGAAGGACCAGAACGGUAACCAUGUUGUGCAAAAGUGCAUUGAGUGUGUGCAGCCUCACGCGCUGCACUUCAUCAUCGACGCCUUUAAGGGACAGGUAUUUGCCCUCUCUACUCACCCCUAUGGUUGCCGAGUCAUCCAGCGCAUUCUCGAACACUGCCUUCCUGAACAGACGCUGCCUAUACUAGAGGAGCUGCAUCAACACACAGAGCAGCUAGUGCAGGACCAAUAUGGUAACUAUGUGAUCCAACACGUUUUGGAACAUGGCCGAGCUGAGGACAAGAGCAAGAUAGUGGCUGAGAUCCGAGGCAAUGUACUGGGACUUAGCCAGCACAAGUUCGCCAGUAAUGUGGUGGAGAAGUGUGUGACCCAUGCGUCGCGGGCAGAACGGGCCUUACUCAUAGACGAGGUGUGCAGUCUGACUGAGGGCCCCCACAGUGCCUUAUACACCAUGAUGAAGGACCAGUACGCCAACUACGUGGUGCAGAAGAUGAUUGACGUGGCUGAGCCCACCCAGCGCAAGAUCGUAAUGCACAAGAUUCGGCCCCAUAUUUCCACCCUGAGGAAGUACACUUAUGGGAAACACAUCCUGGCCAAGCUAGAGAAGUAUUACAUGAAGAACGGCGUUGACCUGGGCCCUCUCUGUGGCCCUCCUAACGGCAUAAUGUAAACAGAUCCUCCCACACCCAGGAAUCAUGAGUACCAACCGGUUACGCCUCUCUUUUGUUUUUUUACCCCCCCACUCCCCCAAAAUGCUGUGAUGCCUACCGGCACCGACCUCCUCUUUUUGCCGGACCCUUCCCGUUAUCAUACACACUUCCUUCCACCACUGAAUUCUACUUACUGAGGUUGCCGAGUACCCAUUUCCAUGGCAACCCUUCAGCCUUAGAUUUUGUGAGAUUUUUGUUGCAUUGCUGCCACUCGAGCCCAGGCCUGCUGAACCAGGGGAAAGAGGGCUGGGAGUGGAGAGUGAGACUUGUUCCACUUAUCGCCCCACUCCUAUUUCUUUUUUUUUUUCUUUAUCCAUUUGAUUUUAUUUCUUCCAUUUUCUCUUCUCAUCCUUUCUGAUGAACUUAAGUCAUUUUCACUUUUGCUACUGCUAAUGCCCCCCACCCUUUUCCCGUUUUUGCUAUUUACCACUAUGAGAUGGACGAGUAUUUAAUUUGUCUGAAUUCACAGAAUCAUAGACGAAUACACACACAUGCCAUCAGCUAACCAGCAGACAGAUCAUUUAGCAUGGGAGAUUCGUUUUCUGGUCUUGCUUCUAUAAAUAUAACGUGUAUACUUGGUGUAGACCUUUGCAUAUAUAUAUAUAUAAAUAUAUAUAUAAAACUUUGUAGUUUUUCUGGUUUUUGAUGUUGAAUCUGUAUCUAUAAUGUAUCCUAGUAGUGACCACAUACUUCUGACUGUAUAAUUGUACAUUUGUAAACCCUUGUAAUGUAAAAGUGCUUUACCACCCUUUUUGGUAUGAGAAGAAAAAGGAAAAAAAGCUCACUCUUAAAAAAAAAAAUCUUAGAAAAAACCUGUGCAUUUCAGUGUAUAUUCUCACCUCCUUGGUUGUGACAUAAGUUGUUGUAUAUUGUAAAUUGUAAUAUCAAAUUUUUGUUUUGAAAAGCCCUUUCUAUACAGCGUAGUACUUGUACAAAGAUUCGCCACGCUUGGUUUUAUCUUGUCACUGCUUAACUUAAGACGAUGAUUUUUUUUCCCCCACAGACUCCAAAUUGGACAUUUUCUGUUAGACUUAACCGUGUCUUCUUCUUUGUUUUUUUUUUCUUUCCCCUAUUGACCUUUUUUUUUUUUUAAAAGAUCUUUUUAUAGGAACGCUUUACCCCAUGAAAUGUGUUGCGUGUCCGGGUAUGCAGGUUGUGUGGGAGAAGUAACUCUGAGUCAUUUGACCCACCACCCUCUAAUUACCCAGGACUGUUUCCAGGGGUAAACUCAUGGAUUGUACAGAGGAGAUUCUUGUGUUCUUUUGGCAUUUCUCUAGUGCUGUAAGUGCUGUAUCAUACUGUCCAUGUCCUUUUGGGUGAGAGGCAUCCCGCCACAGUGCGGUGUACAUUUGGAGCAGCCUUGUGUAUAUUUACUACGAGCACACCUGUAACCAUAUGUGUAUAGUUAACAGAACCUGUGUAUGCUUAUUGCCUGGGCAACUAUUUUUUGUAACUCCUGUUGUAGAUUGUCUCUAAACAAUUGUGUGAUCUUUAUUUUGAAACCAAACUGAACAAAAAAAAAAAACUUUGAAAAUUUA